GAAUAAUCCACAGUAGAGGUAGAGACAGUGACAUCAGAGGCAGAAUGGUAUUCACCUGUUAAAGGAACGUCACAGAAUUGAAUUAGAUACUUUCGAACGAGCCUGAUGUUGUUUUCUAUGGUUUCAAGAUGUCGGCCGGGAGAUCGAGAAAUGUCGCCAAAGGCGGAAUGAUGAACUCACAAACGCCACAAUUAAGCGGCGAAACUCAACAGUUAUUAAAAGUUAUGAUGCAGGAGUCCAAACUGAACAGCUUCCAACAAAAACAGUUACAAAAAGCUAUGAAAGAGGGAGGUCCUUUACCAAUGAGGUGCCAUCCAUCUACAAGUAAAAUAGCAGCUGCACCAGCACCACCAAAACCCAAGAGUCACCGGGUUGACCCCAAAUGUCACAAUGGUGGGCUACGAAUGAAGGAAGAUAUUGAACAAUCAGGAGCAUAUGAAAGGCAACAAUACCGACCAAGUCCACAAAAGUCAAUGGCUAAAGAGAAAAGCAAGCUGCAGAAUAUCAUGACAUACGGUGAAGACCAGAAGCCUAUGACUGAGGAGAGAAGGAGGCAGAUCCUUAGGAUCCCAACACCGGAACCAGAGAAGGAUAGAUUUGAUGAGUUGGAAGCUGAGAUCAAGGAUCGAGCUGAAUUUCUUGAAGACAUGACACGUCUGGGAAAAGACAAGGAGUAUAAGACCAUCAUAGCCACAGAAAUAUCACAGAAACUACGUGAAAUGGAAGUCAUAGACAAGAAGAGGACGGCACAACUCCAAAAAGCUAUCGAAGUCAAACAAAAAGAAUCUGCAACUUCUUUACCGACGGAGGAAGGCGAUUGUAAAUGAUAGCAGUGCAGAUACAGUGUAUAUAGCCUUUGUAUUAAAAACAAAAUAUUAAAUGUAAUUUAGGCGAGGAGCUGUUUGAGAAAACAGUGUGUUUUGUUUUGAUAUGUUCCAAAAUCAUGAGCAAGUUCGUGUGCACAGUUUUUAGUUGAUCCGUAAGUGACCACUGGCUAGCAAGGAACAGGCACAGUGACGUACUCAUGUGAAGGACUCGUUUGGAAGACUAGUCAUCCGUAGGUGUACCACAGUAUUCAACACUUCACUUCCAUUGCUGUCUACCUUUUUGCUAUAGUGUCACUGGUUCCCUUCUGCGAUUGAUUUACACAUGUUAGCAUGGAACACGUUUAAAUUGGGACCACAGAUAAAACCAUAGCUUUUAGGCUGGUUCCAAAUGGUCCACUACAGUAAUCAACCAAUGGUCAACCAGCCUGGGCUCAACACACCUUCGGCGAUGCUCAAUGUUAUAGGAUUAAACUUUUACAUUCCAAGGAUGCCAUUCUUGUUGAAGUUUGUGGCCCACCUUCGCGUUAGUACAAAAAGUUUGUAAUAGACCAGACAAGUCUAACGUAUAUUUGAACACUGGGGCUUCGUAAAAUGCAUGAGUUUCUGUCCUUUAAAGCAAUUUACGUUUGUUUUUUUAAUUGUUUGUUUGUUUGUUUGUUUGUUUGUUUGUUUGUUUGUUUGUUUGUUUGUUUGUUUGUUAGUUAGUUUAGAUGAACUUCCCAUCAAGGGAACUCGGCAAACUCACACAAGGGGAUAAUAAACACCAUGCUGGCAACGGCCAAUCUCUCUCAUACAAACAUUGGUUUAACAUCUAUGAUUAUUAAUAUUAUUAUUAUUAACUAGACGACAAUAGUCAUUGUACACAGUCAAAACCACCAUAUAAAUUAUUGUAUUGGUAAUGAGUCAACAACUUUGUACUAUAUUUAUUACUAAGUGGAAUAAAUCA